GCCCUCCCGCUUCAUUAUAACGGCCGCUGCGCCCUCGCCCUUUUCUCCUCACCUGCCUCCCACACGGCCAACCUCGCCAAGAGAUGGAGGUCCAAGAGAAGCAGGCGGCUCUGCCGCCUUCCGCUUCUUUCCGCCCCCCUCUCUCUCUCUCUCACACACUGGGCCGCAGCCUUCCGCACCGCUCCAAGCCGGGCUGUCACUCGCAAUGGGCCCCGUACCAAGAUGGCAGCGCUCGCUUUCACUGGUGUGGAGAGAUGGCUGAGAGGAGGAGAAAAAGGAGGAGCGAUGUUGCCCUAAACAAAGAGGGCGGCGGUCGACUCACCUUCUUUUGCGCGUGCGCGCCUUCAAGAGCACGCUGUUCGUUAAAGGUGGGUGGGGAAAUAGGGACCAUAGAGAUAAGAAGGGAGGGGAAAGGGAUGAGUGGGUUUUUGCGGUGGGAAGUGGACGUUCCGAACUGCUUUGUCCUUUUGAAUGUUGUGGAGAAAAUUCGAACAGGGCUUGACGCCUGAGGUGUGGCGAAAACACGUGGUUCUGUUUAGGCAAAGAUUUGUGGGGAAGGUGCGUCCUGGUUUCUUCGUGUUUUUUUUCUUCCCUUUGACCUCGGAAAGAGGUUGCUGCCCGUUUUCCUUCUCGGCAAACUAAUGGGCCAUAGACGUAAAAAAAUUCUGAUAUUAAUUCUCUUCCCACACCGCACACACAAAAUUGUUAUAGGUGUGUGGGUGCUAAAUGCCUGAGCUUAGUGAUUGUUAUAAUUUUAUUAAGUUUAGAGGUGCUAGAACCGGGAAAUAGCGUGACUAUGUGUGUUUAAGAUAAUUCAUGUGUGCAUUUGACUUGUGUGCUAGACACUUCUAAUCAUUUAAUGAGCAUUUAUGCUGGGCAAAUUUCCUAAGUUGUUUAUUAGAUACUUCUUAAUCCUAGGAAAUCAACAGGAGUUGAAAGGUAAUGGAGUCAUCCUAAUUUCCUUUGCAGUGAUGGCCUGGGGAUAAAUGAGCCAUUAGCACUUUGGCCAGUUUUAAAAAAGGCAGAGGCAAGGAAAGCUUAAGAGGAACAGUGUGAUGCAAGCAGACAGAAGCGAGUUAUGGGUCAGAGAGCACAGCUUCUUGCUCUUGGGCUGCAAGGAUGCAGUCCAGAGAGGAACAGAAACCUCUUGGGGAGGAAUGCUGUGGACUCCUCCAUGUAGAAUUUAGGUUGCAUAUAUAAACAAUAUAAAGACACCACUGUGUCCUCUGUGCCUCAUUGUUCCAAAGGACCCUGGUUUGCACGCUUGGUACCCCUGGAAUCUCGCAUCGCUCAGAGAUUGAGGUGGCGUAUAACAACAUUUAAAAGUGCACAGCAGCUGCAUGCAUGUCGAUGGAUGGAGAGUGUGAGGCUCUAGCCCAUUUGGGCUGGGGUAAAGUCAUAAGGUAGUAAUUCCAAAUUGAUUUUCCCUUGAGAUAUGUAUCGCAUUGAACUGCGUUGGGCUUACCUCUGAGGAGACACAUAUAGGAUUUAAAUGAAUUGCCCUUUUUCUGUAAGCAGGAUUUUUAUUUUUUGCUAGAAAUUAAAACCAGCCUUAGGUACUGGUUCAUUUCCACAUCUUUUUAAAUCCUGAAGAGUGACAAAAAUGCCAACUGCUUCUAGGAGAUAAUGGAGAAAUCUAGAAAUUUAUAAUUGCAGUAUUUUGACAGUAGCAAGUCUCUUGCCACCCAGUAAACUUUCAUGUGUAAAAAUAAUAAUAGAAUUGUUUUUAAACUGUUGCAGCUUGGGAGUGUGGCUUAUGACGGGCCUGCCAUGUGGUCCAGUCUUAUUAAUACUGCAGGUUGGAAAGAACACUUGUAACCUCUGUGUCGUCAUCUCCAAUUUCAGAUGGGGUGGAUCGGAGGUUAAUAGAUUCUCACAGUAACACUUUUAUAAAGGUUCUCAUAAUGGUCACCUACCAGAUGCAUUUCGUUAAUGGAAAGUUGUUAAAUCGGUCCUUAAAAAGCUAGAAAUUCUAUAUCCCUGCCUUACCUGCAGUUGGCUGUGUCGCUCACACAGGCCUUAUGUAUACCGGAGCUUAAACCUUGCAGCGUUCAAUGGGGUUUAUGCCCCAACUAAAGUUGCAUGAGAUCAUAGCCUUAGAGUGAUGGCAGCACGCCCUGUUUGCAAGUGAAUGGAAGCAGAAUGCGCCAGCAGCUUCCGCAAAGCACGCGGCGAAAAUAAACCUGCUAAGAUUCUCCCCUCCCUGCCUUACUCAACUCAAUUGGCUCUUAGCACCCUAAUGUAGAGGGAAACCUUCCCGGCCCCCCCCAAAAAUUGAUCCGGAAGCAAGAGGAGGCACAUAUUACUCUACAAUUUCCUCUCUAUGAUCUCUCUCAAACCCCACCCCCGCCCCACUUUUGGGCAGCAGGAAUCGCAGCUGGUGCAAAGGAGGAACCGGGUCGCUUCGUGCUUGGUGUCUGCGGUGCAGCCCCGAGAAGCCGCCAGGUCUGGUUUCGGUUCCUUUUUUCGUUACUGUUCCGUGGAGGCGGUUUGUUUGGUCCUCCAGGGUGAGAAGAGCUGCUUCCAACCCCAUCCUAGCAGGUGGGGAGGUCGUGAUACUCUUGGCCGAGCCCCACCCUUGCUGGUGCUCAAGGAAAAACCUGGGCCAAAAAUACGGGUUGGUCUUGUGAUCUUGUAGCAAAGAGCUUAUAUAUAAUAUACAGUAGUAAUGAAUCAGGGUGCAAUAAGAGGCAGCCAUGGGGUGGUAUGGUAUUGUGGGGUUAAGGGAUACCCAAAUAGGCCUGGGAAUGUUUUGGAUAACAUGACAGAGUAGGACAUUAUAACAGGAUAGCUCAGUCGCAGGAUUCUUUAGAAGCCGUUCUGUGAUUUAACUGCAAUAUAUUACUCUCCUGUUCUCUACAAACAUUGUCAUGUCAUCUGCUUUCCCCCUGCCCUUGCUGUUAUGCAAGCUGGAUGUGGAAAAAAUAUUCAAUUGGGUUUUAAAUACUUAUUGUAAUGUUAAGAACUAUGUCCCUUCCCCCUCUUAAUGGCGAUACAUGUUAAAAUAACAAUAAUUAGAAAUCCAAAGUAACAGACUGAAAUAUGUCUUGGCUCAGUACCAUAAAUAGCACCCCCCCUUCAGAUAAGAGUUAUGGGAAAUUCCAUUGUCAUCCAUUCAAAGAAUAUUAUUAUUAUUAUUAUUAUUAUGCGGUUGGAUGUUACCUUCCACUUUAAAACAUUUCCCCACUUUUGUUUUUCUGCCUAGAAACAUUUACUGUUAUUCAUCUUUGUAUUUUGUGUGUGUAUGUGGAAGCUUGUUAAAAACCUUUGUGUGGAGAUAAGCUGCUUUGCAGGCUUUUCAAAAUCUUUUGCACAGUUUUCUUUUUUUUAAGUGCUCCAAAUAUCUCAAUUAACUCACAGGUCAGCCAAAUGGCAGUUAUAAAUCUUAGGCGUAAUCUUUCUGUUUUUCUGUGUUGUGCUCUGUAUGCUUUCAAAGAUAAAAAAAUAAAAAAAGAAUAACACACUGGAAAACUCCAUAGCUUUCUCAGUACUCAGAGCUGUUCAUUAGCACUGAAAUCUUAUUCACAUCUGCCCGAGGUAAGUCUUAUUGAGUUUUUAAUAGACUUCACUUUUAGAUAAGUGUGUAUAGAAUUGCAGUAUUGGGCUGCAAACCUUGUCUCACUUACUUGGGAGUAAGGCCCACUGACUUUGAUGGGGCUUACUUUUGUGUAGACAGUUAGGAUAUUGCUGUUACUAUUUACAGGAAAAUGGAAGGGUGUGUACCUUUUACUUUAUCCACGACAUUCACUGUUCCACUUCAAACUAUCUUUGCUAUUUGUACCAUUGGAACUCUGGAUGGAAGGAAGGAAGUUUGAAGCCACUGAGUUAACUUCACAAAGUGUGAGGUCUAUAGUCCAAUAUCUGUCUCUCAUUGGCAGCCUAUAUCCAGCAUCGUCUGCAAGUAAUAUGGUUUUGACUUAGUGUCACUCAAUGAUGCUGUGGGAAAGAAGGAGCCAUGUCAGAAGACGCUGCUAGUGAGACACGUUUAUCUUUGAAGACAGCAGCUUUAAGAGUAUUUGAUCUUCCUCUUUCCUGGUAUUCUUCCCUAACCCAGGUAACCUUUGCAUUUCUUUAUUUUAGUUUGUAGUGCUUUUUGAAGCUAACAUCUAACAGUGUUUUAUAUAAUGUGCUUUUAUGUAAUACGUAUUUGGUUAAGAUGGUUUAUAUAAAAUUAUUGUUGAACGUAGCAUUAAAAAAAAUAUUGCUGUGGAUUCCAGUAGAUUUCAUUCUGUUACAUGUACUGGACUGCAGAGGCUGCAGUGAAGCCUUUGCAGUGCCAUACAUCUCAAUUGUAGAGUGAUUACAACCAGUACUGCCUAUCUUGUUUUUUCUGUUUUGCGUCAAAGUGCAUUAUUUGAUGUAUUGUCUAGCCAGUUUCUAAUUAUUUUCUGCCUUUCAGUGUAAAGUUUUUUAUUGAGCUCACUGAUAUGAAUAAACAAAAAACCCUCAAGAGUAAUAUGGGUAGUAUGCAGCUAAGUCAUAUACAGAGCAGACCUGUUGAAAUCACAGGAGAGAAGUUAGCAGCAACUAAUUUUAAUUGCUUUAUUUCAGCAGGUCUCUUGUAGUACAGUUUAGUCAGAUACCACCCUUUGUUGGCAGUUUUAAUAAUUAUAAAAUAGGGACUACCUCUUAAGAAUAUCUUGCAAAUAACCACACCCUAUGUGUAUGUUUUCUUGCUAAUGCAAGUCACAGAAGGCUUCAGACAGUGUUUUGUUUUUUAAGAUUUCUACAAAUUUAAUCAUGUUGCUGUCAGUUUUGUCCCAAUUUACGAGAUGAGCAUUUACAGAGUGUUGAUACUUCCAAUAUUUAGCAUGAUCUGCAGAAUCAGGAAGACAGAAAUAAUCUAGAGCAGGCUUUUACUGUGGGUGGUGGUGGAUAGGACAUACAACAUCUGUUUCUAAAGCAGGGUAGGGUGGAGCCCCGACUGCCAGAAACGCUGCUGCACUAUAAGAGGAGGUGGAGUGGUGAAAAGCAACAGAACAGAAAUAGACAGUGUUGGACUGAGUUUUGUUACCUUGAUGUCAAUGUGCUCCACUCCAGAAGAGGAAAGACUGCUGUAUCAUUUGUCUCAAUGACAAAAAAACCUCUACUAGUUCCAUCAACUAGGAAAAAACCUGAAUGUAUAAUGUAUCUCUAUACAAUAUGAACAGAGAGCCUGAAAGUUUGUAUAUUGAGAAACACAUAUUAGGAGUGUGAUCCAGAGGGUCAUUUUGUGCAGAUUGUUGUUGUUCAGUCGUGUCCGACUCUUCGUGACCCCAUGGACCAGAGCACGCCAGGCACUCCUGUCUUCCACUGCUUCCCGCAGUUUGGUCAAACUCAUGUUCGUAGCUUCGAGAACACUGUCCAACCAUCUCGUCCUCUGUCGUCCCCUUCUCCUUGUGCCCUCCUUGUGCAGAUAGAACUUGUAUAUAAUGCAAGCAUAGUGACAUUUGUCCGGUAACAGGCAAACCACAUGUAGCCACAGAAUGCUUUGUGAGAAUGUCUGUGUUGCACACAGGAAAACUACUGAAAGGGUUGGAAAUUCACUGUCUUGAGCAGCACACUUUGCUUGUGUUGAGGAUCUGCAAAAGUAUAGCAGAUUGCCUGCUGCUGAACUAAUAGAAACCAUGCCCAGUCCUCUGGUGACCACACCCCAGGUACCCGUUUUCCCUGAGCACCUGUUGGUUGGGAGAAGGCGCCACAACUACUCCUGUAUCCUUAGAUCAAUUGAAAAAGACAAAAAAUCAGUGGAGAGUAGAAAUCACAUCAGAUUCUGCUAUUUUCUUGUACAUUUGGCAGUGGCUGUAGUGUUAUGUCUGGUGCAAAUAAAUAAUGUGAUAAAUAAUGUGAAAUAAAUAGUGCAUGCUAAUACAUUUGUUCAUAAAGUUCAUCACAGUGUACUGAUUCUUAGUUGCUUCCAGGCUACAUAUUAUGCCAGGUGCAUCUACAAGUGGAAACCUUUAGAAAUGUCUCUAAAUGGUUACAUAGCAAAACACAGAAUAUGAUUAAUUAUAGAGUAGGACUAAUGCAGUUAAACAAAUGCUGUAAUGAGCAUGCCUUGUUCUAAAAGUAGCUAAUGUUGGGCAUAUCCAGUUCUGCUUCCAGUAAUUAUCAGCUUACCGCUCAAAUUCCUGAAAAGAAUCUGUGUUGGUCUUUGGGAGCAAAAGAAGACAUUCACUUUAACUUGUGGGCAAGUUUUCUCUAGGCCUUUGGAUUUGCCAGUGGGAAUCCAAAGGUCUGUGGUCAAAAUGUAGAAAUACAGCAUCCAAUAUAACUGUCAAAAUAAAUGCAAACGCACACUUUCUCAAAGUUAACAUAAAAGUAUAGAAUUUUAGCCUAUUGUGUGUUGUUGUUGUUAUAUUUUACAGAAAUUAUUUAAGAUUUAUACACAAUAAAUUGCACAGAGUUUCUUUGAUUGGUGUAGUGUUCAGAUUUCAAAUGUUAACUUAAACCUAUUGCAUCAAAACUGAAUUAUUUUUUUCUCCUUCUGUAGAACAUAUGAUAUAACUUACUUUUUAAAAUAUGUGUUUUAAGGUUAAGGUUUCCCCAGGUCUCAAGAAGUUAUUUGUAAUAACAGCAGUGGGUGCAGUGUCUGUGCUUUUUCUUGCCCAUCACUUCAAAAGAAAGCGUGGGAAGAAAACCAGGAAUGUAUCUCCAUGGGAGCCAGGCCACGUCGUGUUAGACUAUAUAAAAACACCUGCAUCAGAGAAAGGUAGGUGACACGAUGUCUAAGGAAAGCCAAGAUUCUGUACACACCUGGAAGGAAGCCUCAUUGAACACAGUGGGGCUUACUUCUGAGCCCGCCUAUGUAGACUUGCAGUGGCCAGCUUUAGAAGUACAUGGAAAUAAGUUGGAAAAAUUGGGGCUUAUUGCCAAGCAAGCAUUUUGGGACUGGGGUAGAGGUUUUUGGUUUUUUAAGUUCCUCAGCUUGGUUUCCCACUGAAACAUGUACUAUAUGCAUGCAACAGUGUGUGUGCACCACAACUCCUUCCUUAACAAAUCCCUAAACUGCCUCUUUAUCGCUUAGAGAUAAUUUUUUUAAACCACAAUAAACAGUUGGGAGGCUUACCAUAGCCCUGAUUGGUCUGCAAGGAGAUGGACACGUGUAGCACCUUUUCCCCCAGCAGCAGGUCCAGCAUAAACCUGCCUGCAGCCUUCCUUUUUGUUUUCCCAUCCUCAAGCCUUGCUGAUUACAAAGUGCACGUGCUUAUCCUUCCUUAUAGAAAGCAAUAGAUGAGAGCUUAGUGAUUCACAGCUUAUACAAUCAUUGUACAGCAUUAAUAGCAUUCUAGAAUGUUACAUUACUUUCAAAAUGAUAAUUUUAAGAGUUACUGGAAAAGAAAGAGUUAUCCCAUCUUAAAAAGUUAUUGCUCGAAUACAGCAAAAUUGGUUAGUUGUUGUUUAAUGAAAACCCUUUGCGGUCAUGCAAGUGACACUUGCUUCAAUGGGGGUUACUCCCAGGUAAGUCUGCAUGGGUCUGUCACUUUGAUUAUAUUAUCUUCCUCUUCAGGUUCCAGUUGUUCCAGCAGCAGACAAAAUCUAACACUUUCAUUGAGUUCAGCCAAAGAAAAAGGUUCUCAAUCCUAUAUCAAUGCAAAUGGAGGCCUCUUCAGUAAAUAUUCAGGUUCAGUGCAGAGUUUGGCCUCGGUAAGCAUAUCUUAUUAUUUUCAUGUAGUUUGCUGAUAAGCUGUUGAAUAGUGAUUCCCCCCAUUGACUUGCAUAGGGGCAGGAAAGAGGCACUCUUCCUGGAUCAGUGCUCCUCUAGAAUGUGUGCCAUUUUUAUGCUGACUCUCACCUUGCUUUUCCUCCUGUACAAAAUGAAGCUUAAAGGCACCUAGCCUGAAAACCCUUGGGCUUAUUUGUCUAGCUCGCUUCUUACCUAGGGGCACCUCUACGCUAUUGUCACACAAAUUGCCCACAAAACUAUGGGGACAUCUAGUGGAUAUUUUUUAAAAAUGAUCCCCAAACUGAAAGACUGCCCUUCUAGAAAGCCAUGUGAGCUAAGCAUCCCAAAUCUGACACCUGUCCAUCUUCUUUAAAUUAGGUCCAAAGUGCCGCAUCCUGUCCUAGCUGUGCUUGUGUCAAUUCUAGUUCCUGGGACAAAGCAGAUGAAGAUGAUAUAAAGCUGGUCAAUGUUCCAGUAACUACUCCAGAAAACUUAUACUUGAUGGGUAAGUGAGCAGAUUCCUUAGAUGCAGCAUUUAUUGCUGCUUUUUUUAAAAGUUUCUAAGUUCAGGAUUGUUUGCUAUUACAAAAAUAGUGUUACUUUCUUUCAAGGGCAUGAUAACACUUGUAUUUAACAACUGUUAAAGAUAUUUGUUGCCUUAAGCCCUCUAUAGGCCAUAUAACAUAUCUGUCUGUUCUGCAGCAGAGUAGCUGGGGCAACCCAGCCAGAUGGGCAGGGAGUAAUAAUAAUAAUAAUAAUAAUGCAUGAACACAAAGCCUGCCACAUGCAGGCUUCAGGAACAGAAAGAGCAUGUGGUGUGUAGUCUCUGUAGACAACAAAAAUUUUAGAAACUAAUAGAAACAUGAAACCUUCCUCAUCUACAGUGUUGCUACGUGUAUUCACAAUAUGUUUGCUUAUUGAAUAUUAAAAGAACGUGUGGCUUCGCUUGGAACAAUUGAAUUGGAAGGACUCAAAAGCUGUCUAAUCCAUGGGGGCCGAAUCCGGCCCAGCCGCCUUCUAAAUCCGGCCCGCGGAUGGUCCAGGAAUUAGCAUGUUUUUACAUGAGUAGAAUGUGUCCUUUUAUUUAAAAUGCAUCUCUGGGUUAUUUGUGGGGCAUAGGAAUUCGUUCAUUUCCCCCCCUUCAAAAUAUAGUCUGGCACCCCCACAAGGUCUGAGGGACAGUGGACUGGCCCCCUGCUGAAAAGGUUUUCUGACCUCUGUUCUAAUCCAUUCCCCUCUCACAAUGCAGCGUUCCUCCUGAUCAGUCAGUGAAGUACAUGGCUUGCUCAGCUAGAGUGCCAGUACAUUGGACUGAUUUAUUUGGCAGUCACCUUUCUACAAAGGGUUCAAGUGUUGAGCCAUGCCACCUGGUACAAGGGAAGGCAAACUGAAAAUCUGAUACAGGGUUGUUACAUUAGUAAACAUUUGUUUCAGGAAUGGAACUAUUUGAAGAAGCUCUUCGCCGAUGGGAGCAGGCACUGACGUUUCGUAACAGGCAAGCGGAAGAUGAAGCCAACUGUAGCGCCGUCAAACUUGGAGCAGGUGAUGCUAUUGCAGAAGAAAGUGUAGAAGUAAGUAAAUGAGUUGCUGUUCCUUCAGAUAAUUUGUUUCCCCUGUUUCUGGUUAAAAUUCCAAAGUAUACUCCAGCUUCUAGCAAAGAAGCUAAAAUUAUUCAAGAGAACCUGGAUAACACCAAGAUUGCAGGUUCAAUCCCUGUAAAGGACAGCUGCAUAUUCCUGCAUUGCAGGGGGUUGGACUAGAUGAUCCUCAGGGACCCUUCCAACUCUUAUGAUGCUGAGGAACUCUCUGAGCCUCUUGAAUGCCUGCAAUAUGAGCAACUGCUUCCCCAGUGACCUAUUUCUUCUUCAGUGUCUUUCUUCCUUCAAAAGUUUUCAAUAUAUCAUAGUACUGCAUUGGCCCGAAUAUAAGCUGCACCCGAAUAUAAGCCGCUCCCUUAAAAUUCUGCAGGCACUCACACCCGUUCCAUUUUACCGUAUGUCUGUUUCAGCAGCGAUAUCGUAAAAGCCCAUUUUUGUAAGGUCACAAAUUUAAGCUGCACUUUAACUUUUCACGGUCGGUAUUUGGGGAAAAAGUGAGGCUUAUAUUCAGCCAAUACGGUACUAUUAAAAUCAAAACUUACACAAAGCUAUCUCAAAAUUAUCUCAUUGCAAAUCCUGGCUAGGAUGAACUGGCAUGGGCUUAAUAGGAUAACAUUAGAAGAUGAUUCCUAUAUUCUUUUAUCCCCUACUUUGGCCAUCUAAGAAUGCUGCACACUGAGCCUACAUUGGUUGGACCCUCUUCCAUUGGUUAGUUAACUUUUAAAGUGUUUGCCUAUUCUCUCGAAGUACCAAUCUGCCUUUCACUUUGCUACUUUAAUUGGGCCUGGGAUUUGGAGAGGUGUUUGCCCACUAUCUCCUGUGCCUAAGUGGAAGCACAAGAAAAGCAAUUUACUCCUGACCCACGAAUAUGGGAAGCAGCAGACUGGCAGCCACCUUGCUGAGGCAGAUGACAUAGCUUAUAGUUCUUUCUCCAUGGACUUCCUCCCCAUAGCUGUCAACUUGCAGAUUUGAAAAUAAGGGAUCAGCAGCCAAAAUAAGGGAUUUUCCGGGCACAGGUAUGUUCAACUUCUGAGCCCUUCCGAGCCAAAGACAGAAAGCCCAGCCAGCAGCCAAACAAAGCCUCAUCAAUAAGGGACAGCAGCGGGACAUGGCGCUGGGAUAAGGGACUGUCCCGCCAAAUAAGGGACACUUGACAGCUAUGUUCCUCCCUGGCCAAGGUUAGAGAAAACAGGUGGGGUAGAGGCACAGAUAAGAACAAAGUUUGCACAACUGGCCAACCUCACAAGGCAGUUAUUUGUACAGUAAUCUUUAUAGGUCCACAGUGAUGGAAACCAUAAGCAUUUUGCUGCUAAAAGGCAUGAAUUCCACACAUACUUUAAAUUCUCUUUUUGUACCCAGUUGCAAACAUGUUUAUGUGGAAGUUCCAGGGUGGGGUAUCUGAAGUAUAUGUACAUAGGAUUGCACCUUUAGUUUUUCUGAAGUGAGCUUCUUGAAGUAAGCAUGCUCCUAGAGUCCAACUUUCCUAAUCUUAAUAGGUUAGUUGCUGUUCUAGGUAAUGUUUUCAGGUCCUGCUGAUUUUUGCAUGUGGCACAGUAUAAAUAUUUGAUAUAAAUAAUAACCAAAAAAGUGUUUGUUCAUCCUUGUGCAUAUCAGAAUCUCCAUGAGCUGCAUAAAAUAUUGGUGACAGAAUGUAUUUGCCCUCUGCAACUUCUGUUUUGCAGGAUAUCAUUAGUGCUGAAUUCAUUCAUAAGCUUGAAUCCUUGCUCCAAAGAGCUUAUCGUCUUCAAGAAGAAUUUGAGGCUUCUCUUGGGGCAUCUGAUCCUGCUUCCUUUGCCAAUGAUAUUGGUGAGUUUGUCUUGGCUUUAAACUUGCAUGUUUCUUGAUAAUAUAGGGCUGCUGGUCUUGAAAACUUAUUGGGACAUGGUGAAGAGGCAGAAAUAGGGAAAUGAGAAUUUACUUGUGAUUCGAGUUGCUCCUCUUGUACAAAGGAUCAGUUCCACAAAGCUGGUUUAGCUGCUGGCUCAUAGUAGUAGCACAAGGAGCCUGUAAAGUGAUUUGUUAUCUGCACAUCUACAUAUUUGGACUGAAUUUAGACCCAAAGCCCCUGGUGUAAAGAGUUGUCUUGCAUUUGGCUAAAAAGCAUUGUAAUCAUCAGUGAGACAUGAAAGCAGAGAUUUGCGGGAAGAUGAGGAUACUUCUUAUGUAUUGUGUAAGAAUACAUAGCAAAGCAGAACAUGGCUACUUUGCUAACUAUGUAUUGUAAGCUAGGUCUGGUCAAGUAGUUUGCCAGCCCUCGGCCACAUCAGCAUGUGCGAACAGGUAAAAGGAUAACAUCUUUGAACUUGCUUACAAGUCAGACUUGUACCGUGCUGGCAUUUUCAACUUUAAUUUUUGAGGUACUUCUGUACAACUGACUGCAGUGGCCAGAAGAGACUUGCUGGUAGUCUGUUAUAAUAAAUCACACCAAAAUAAACCCUUUCUUCCACAACUUUAGAAGACUGAGCUUGCUUAGUGCCAGUCUGUUGUUUCUGUAAAAAGCAAGGUUGCGUGGAGCUAUUGAGAACAUAUGAAACUGCAUUAUAUUGAGUCACACAGUUGGUCCAUCUAGCUCAUUGCUGUCUGCACAGACUGGCAGCACCUCAGUCCCUGGUCUCAGGCAGAGUACAUUCCUAGUCCUAUGUGUACUAAGGACCUUCUUCAUGAAAGCUGAUGCUCUACUGCUAUGGUAUAUCUCAGUUAGAACCUUAAAAAUAUCAAAGUUAGUAUUUGGAUGCCAGGAUGAUCAUGGAUCAUGCCUAGAAGCUUUGUAUGUUUUCUUUGAUAACAGCUGUAAACUUGAAAUACAAAUUGCUUCAUUGUGUGAUUUGCAUAGAUAAUGCAGAAAACUUUGGAAUUGGGGGACGCCAAAUAUAUUUUAAGAAGAUUAAAUACUGCUGUAUCUCAGAAUAACCGAUUUACUGAAGGAUGUGUGAUUAUGAAAGUUGAAGUGUCUAUGAAUGUGAGGUGAGACUGUCAGUUUGCAUUUAUUAGUGCAGAAAGUAUUGAUCUGAUGUGUAGAGAUCUUUCCUAUUCUGCUUAAUUCACAAGGCUUCUGGAAGCUUCUCUGUGUGAAAGAAGCAAGCAGAAGGUUCAUGAUGUUUGGGUUAUACCUUCAGAGAAGCUGAGAACAGCUGGCUUAAACUGGUUCUGUGAUCUCUUUCAGUCAAGGUCCUGCUGACUAUAAAAGUAAAGCCAGAAGGAGCCCGGGUUUCACUUUCUCUUUCUAUCUCUUUUCCUUAUGGUGUGGUGUUCUGUACAGUGGUACCUCGGGUUACAUACGCUUCAGGUUACAUAUGCUUCAGGUUACAGACUCCGCUAACCCAGAAAUAUUACCUCGGGUUAAGAACUUUGCUUUAGGAUGAGAACAGAUGAGAACGGUGGUAGUGCAGUGGCAGCAGGAGGCCCCAUUAGCUAAAGUGGUGCUUCAGGUUAAGAACAGUUUCAGGUUAAGAACGGACCUCCAGAACAAAUUAAGUACUUAACCUGAGGUACCACUGUACAUAGUAUGCUUAGUGUUAAGGUUUAGACUUGUUAUAAGUUAUUGUAAGUUUAAGUCUGCUGCAACUCGAUUUCUUAUGGACAGUGCCAAUCCUGAAUGUAUAGGAUUUGUGACCAUUAUGCUCAUUUGCUUUCAGCAGCAGUAAAGCUCUGCUGGAUGAAAUAGUAAUUGCCUCUGGUCUAUUUUUUUGGGAAUCCUGCAACGUGUUUAAGUUUUUACUCUGCUAACUAUAUGUUGGAAUUCUACUCUGGGUCAAUAUUGAGUAGAAAUUCAUGUCAGAGACUUCUGGCUCCCAGCUCAAUUAUUAACUCGCUAGGUGGCCCGAAGUAAGAUAUUUAGUCUUCAGUCCCCCUCUGCAAAAUAUGCGUUGUUAUUAGCCUACCUACCAGGGUUAUUGUAAAGAUUAUUGAGAAAAUAUAUGAAGGACUUUAAAGUGCUAUAAUAAUCACAAACUGUUUGUUUUAAAACUACUGAUAAGUAUAGAAAGCCGUUAUGAGAAAUUGAUUGAAGGGUGAGGCAGAAAUUCGUAUAAUGGUACCUCGGGUUAAGUUCUUAAUUCAUUCCGGAGGUCUGUUCUUAACCUGAAACUGUUCUUAACCUGAAGCACCACUUUAGCUAAUGGGGCCUCCUGCUGCUGCCGCGCCACCGGAGCACGAUUUUUGUUCUCAUCCUGAAGCAAAGGUAAUAUUUCUGGGUUAGUGGAGUCUGUAACCUGAAGUGUAUGUAAGCUGAGGUACCACUGUAUUAUGCUUUCAGAAAUGCUAGUGUGUUGAAACAAAUCAACACUAAUUUCCUGCCCCAAAUCACUUAGCAGCAUCAGCAGCAGGGGGAAGCAUUGUACAUUAAAUUCAUGACAUCAGGUUUAUUGGGAAGCCGAGCAGCCAUAUGUAUUCUGCAUCCCCAGGAGCUAAGUAAGGCAAAGCACUGUCUCUGUUGCCAAGUAGAUUUAUUGGUCACAACUUGUUCCUGGAAAGUGUGCAUUUUAAGAUAAUGGCAACUGUCCAGCUCUAGAUUUUCAUGGCUUUAAAGUUGGAGGCGCAUGCUGCCACUGCUAAUUUGUACAGUAGAUAAGAUUGCGACCCAUUUUCAAAGCUAUUGGCAAUUCUUAAGAUGGUGUAAAUGAAUAACUCGGCAAUGGGGUAAUUGAUUGCAUGUUUGAAUUAUAGAUAGAAACUGUUUUCCCUCUGAAACAUGACAUUUGUGUUCAUUCCAAUAUUGAUUUGUGAGUUUGAAUCACGGUUGCCACCAGGGGUCAGUCUUCCAAUGGCUUUUUAAAAUCCUGUUCAAAGCAUGCUUCCUGGGAACUUGCUAGUUAAUUUUAGUUUUCUGGCACAUUUUUCCCCCAACACCUGCUACUGUAAGUCAUAACACAGAAAGGGGCUUGAAUGUCAGCUCUGAGGUUAGAAAUCACACUGAUAUACAUUGGCAUAUAUAUCCGCAUAGCAGCUGUUGGAUGUCAAUUUCCUUUUUAAUUUUUCUUCCUUGAGUUUCCAUAGUUUUCAAAGGGUUAAAUUAAUUUAUAUGUUUCACAGUACAGUACUGCUGGUGUGUACAGAUGACGAAAUUGUAUCAAGAGAGCUAAAUAACAAUCAAAAGAGCCUUUCAGUACAGAAUGCUGAAGCAACAUGCAAGGGCAAAACAGAAUACUAAUAAUGGCAUAUUAUUGUUGCCCUGAGUGGUUUCUGUCACCUUAAUGUUGUAACCUAAAGCAGUUGGCUCUUUUAAUCUGUGUUUCUGAGAUUUGAAAUAGAAAAUCACCCCCCCCCCCCAAAUAAUUAUUUUUAGAUUCACAGUAGGCUGGAUACCACAGUGUUUUGUUUUAUAUAAAAUAUUUUUUCCUCUCACUUUUUUUUUACAGCGCAGAUAAACACUUUUAUAUAAAAAACAAUAUUCAAUAGUCGAUUCAAUGUGGCAAAAUGUAUAAGUCUUAUUAGGCUUUCAAUGAAGGAAAAUCGUAAUUUCCAGGGCUGUCUACCUGGCAAGACUUUGAUCCCCACCUGAUCAUCUCCAAAUUAUCUCCACAGACUGCGUUUCCCUCAGUCAUUGAUGCUUUCUCUGUACCUAAUUUUGUGUGCCAAGUAAAAACCGUGGCUUGAGUUACCUGUCAGCCAGAUACAUUUCUCUCUCUGAAUUCAAAUCUUCAUUAAAAUUCUUGUUGUUGGAUAAAGGACCAUACAGACCCUCGACCACACCUACCUUUGUUCCACUCCACGCUUUGUAACCAUAGAAUAUUUAGCUGAAUAGUUGAAGAAAGGGAGUCGGGAAUUAGCAAUAGUUUCCUGGGACUGCUUCAGUAGCUGAGCUGUGCCAAAAGCAACAUAACCUCAGACACAAUAAUGGGAGGACGGCUUGGCAGGAAGGACUAGGUAAUAUUAUGGUUGAGCUGAGAUGUAAAGUAAAACAAUAUUUUAAGGCCUUCUGUUUUCCUCAGAUUCUCGUCUGAAGGAGGAAUCUGCCAAAAGAAGUCUUAGAACAGGAAAGAGGGAAGAGAUAGUUGAGGUGUUGAUUCUGUUAGAGGAGCCACAUCGACUGCUGUGCAGAGACGGUGUAGGCCAGAAAAUGAGGGUUAGAGAGAGGAGAAAGUGUGUUUGUAUCCAACAGCUCUCCCACCCCCCCACAAACUAACCAUUGAGCCUUUUUUUAAAAUUAAAAACAACAAACAAGGAAUAGCUGCCAUAUUUUCAGGACAAAGUUAUUCUGGUCCUUAAAAAUGAGGCUGCUAUAGAUACUGGUAUGUGCACUGUUGGUACUCUUCAUCCUUUUCAGACACAGGAAUCACCUUUAACCCCAGCAUCCAUUUUGAAGCCCAUUUCUUAGUAUUUUUUCUACCGUGUAUUCGUAUGGUGGUAGUGCUGUUGUUGCAACUCACCUUAGAUCAGACUGUUAGUGGUAGCUGGUCCUGACCAACCAGUUGAAAAGUGAUAUAAUGUGUGCGUAUUACACAUGUAUUGGUUGAUGAAAUGAAAAAGGACCUGUUGGCUUCCUAUCCUCCCUCCCUCCCUGUGAUUUCUCUGUCAGAACUGGUGGUGGAUCAAGUUGCAUUAAUUAGCUCCUCACAAAUAGAAGUUCAGUGCUACUUGAAAAAGAAAGAAAAAGAAAAUGUGGUUCCUGAUGUCUUUAGAUGUGAAAAGUCAAAAAAAUAAAAAAGCACAACACUAGCAGGGAGAGGCAGGUCCUUCUACAAAUCCCCUCCCAGCUUAGGGCACCCCCACACAUCUAGUGCUGCUUUGCCCUCGUAUGUCAUGGAUCCUCCAGUCAGAAGUACUUGCCUACGCUGAUGGAUGUGUUUGGGUGAAAGUGCCAUUUAUAAGUGUAUUUAUGUAAUUAAUGUAUGUAUGUAUGUAUGUAUGCAUGCACCUUUCACAAUGGUAGAAAACAGAGAGACGGAGGGGUGAGUAAUCUGGUGUUUUGGAGCCCAAAACAAAAGGUCUCCUCUUCCAAGAGGAAGCAAAAUGGUUUUAAUAUGGAGAUGUGGAAAAGCGCUUUUGUUUGUGCAAGGCAGCCAUCCGUCUUUGAGCCCCAUUCAAAAGGUAGCAGAGGGUUGGUGCACCCUCUUGUUGGAUGACCAGACUUUUGCUUGAUCUUCUCUGGAUCCAAAGCAUUUAGAAUUGAAUGCAGUCUGGAUGUAUUGGGGGGGGGGAAACCUUAAUCAUGCUACUUGCUUCAGGAGUACCAUGGUAAGAACAAGCAGAGAGGUUUGGGUAUCUCUUGGAUACAAUUUAUUAUUGUGAUUUUUCAAAUGGGAGAUAAGGACUUGGAUUCCUCCUUUCCUAUGUUAAGGUCUGUUCAAGAGCAAAGAGGCACUCUACCCCUUUCAGCGCCCCCCAAAAUAAUAACAAUUGCAACUUUUUCACAAGUCCCCUCUUGUAAGGUUGGAUCCAGCAGAGGCUUCUGUAAAUUACUAUGGAGAAGAGAUAAUUUUACUGAUUUCUUCCUGUGCUACUGCUCUUGUGUAUCUAUUUGCUGAAUAUUUAUUUUCAAUGUGGGAUAGCCUUUCGAGUAGCUUCCAGUGUACAAAAAUAAGUUAGAAUGUAAACUGACUAUGUCUCUUUCUAUAGCUUAACUUCAAAUGACUUAGCAUCGCAAGAUAACUUUGCCAUUCUUCAGCUGUUAAUCACUGUAACAUAGACCAGUUAGAACUAUAUUAAUGCUUUGAGUUUUAUUUGGAUUCCUAAUUCAAAGCAUGUGCUCAGUUUUUCUGACGCCAUAUGCGUCAGUCAUUGACAUUAGUCACCGCUUAAAGAUAGGCAUGUGAGUUGGGACAUGAAAAUUGACACUUCCUCAUCAUAGAAUCGCCGAGAACUAGGGGCUUAACAAUAACCUAUACUUCCUGUGCAUGCUGACCUUCGUAGAAAUUGGAAGAAGGCUACAGAAGAUUAAAUUCAAAACUACAUGGAAUUCUCAUUUUUUAAAAAGCCAACUUUUCCUGUCAAAUUAACUUUUUCUCUGAAAGUCACCAUUUUGUCAUUAGCUCAAUCAAGCGAUUGCUGCAAAGGCACUACAAUGGAUUAGGCACAACUGCUUUAGCUGCUAUGGUUCAUCAUUACGGGGGGGGGGUUGGUAUGGGUCACCAUAUUGGUACAGGAAAUAGCAAAUUUUAUCACUGAAAAGUUUCUCUUAAUGCAGUGUCAAAAUGACAACAUAUCGUAGAUAUGAAUUAUGUUCCAGAAAUUCUGUUUUGCUGGAGAUAGCAAGAAGUACAGGAGAUGAAACACAUUACUUCUGUUCAUUGUCAUGUUGAAUAUAUAAUUUUAGAGUUUAUAUAGUUUUGUUUUUCAUUGUAAACUGCUUUAUUUCAAUAGGAAAGCAGAGUUUAAAUGUUAACUCAAAAUUUUAAUCUACUUAAACUUGUACACCACAAUUUUGUGUGUGUGUGUGUACUUAUAUGUGUGCUCUGUGUGUAUAAAUAAAACACAAUAAAUAAAUAAAUAAUAUAGUGAACUAAAACACAACUACCUGGGUGAUUGAAAAACUAACCUGCAUUGAAAUAACAUCAAGUUAUGGUCCUAGGUACUGGACUACUUCUCCUGCCUCCCAACUAUUUUUUUUUCUGCUUAAGUGUUUUAGCUUCAGAUGAUUUUCUAUUUGGGUUUAGAAAUAACAUGUAACUUUCUGCUUGCGACCUGAUCACCCUGUAUAUGGGCUCUCUUGCAGGAUACAUAUGCUGCAAUUGAGAUGUUUUCCUGAAGCCAAACCAAGUUUCCUACAUGUCUCUUAAGCGGCUAUACUAAUUUUGCAGCUCUCCUUGGCAUCUUCCCAACUUCUGUUGCUGGAACGUUAAUGAACAUUCCAUGACAUCAGAACAGUGCAGCCAGUAGUGAAGAGGGAAAGUGUGCAGGCAAGGUUAGAUGAAAAGGGGGGAAGUGACAAUAAUAAGAAAGCUGCAUCUGUUUGUGCUUAUCUGUUGCAAGAUCCAAAUUCAGUUGCAACUAGGAAGCAGUAAUGAUGGGUCUUAAUAAGGCUAAACUAAACAAAUGAGUGCAAGAAAGCUUUUUUGUUUGUUUUAGAUCUUGACUUCCUUCCUGAAUGUGAUGACAAGUGAAAUAUUUAUCUAAGUGCUAAUCGCACAGUAACGUUCCAUUAAGUUCCAAAGUUCUGACACAUUGGGAAAGAAAUAGGAACGCGUUAUUUUGCUGUCGCUAACCUGUGGCCAACUUUAAACUUACUUUCGACUCCAAGCCUAAUUCGCAUGCCAACUUCUUUUCUAACACAACACAUAUUGCUGUGUCACACUUUGUUUUGUAUUUUUAGUUCUGUGUGGUAGGAAGGAGUGUGGGGUGCAUGCUUACCUUGGGGCCUCUGUAUGACCCACAGUUUGCCCUCUUUAUUCCAAUGCCUUUCCCCACUGAAAUUAGGCUUUUAAAAUGGUUUCUAAUAAUAACAAAAGAAUAUAAGCCUAAUUGCAGUUCAGGGGUUCAUUUUUGGAGAGGAAGGUACUGCUGGGGAGGGAAGGAUUAAUCUUGUCCUCCCCUUGCCCUGUGUUCCCUCCCUAGUGUCAACAGUGUCUGCUUUUGCAAUUGAAAAAAACACAUUUUUUGCCUUUGAGGGAAGCUUUCUUCGAGCCCUAAUUGUUGAGACUGGCACUGAGGCAAUCCUGCUGGAGACUGUAGCUGGGAAAGUGAGAGUUAUUCUUCCUUCCCAAUUACAUUCUCCUCAGAAGAUCACACACCUGCUGUGGGAGUUAGGUUUGAAAAAUCCAAAUGCUGCUUUUCGGCUCUUAUUGCUGGUAAGGGGGAGUGUACGAGACCAUCUCCACUUUUGGUAUGUAGUCCUUGAAGGGUUGGCCAAGGGAUAAGGUGGUGCUUGAUCCAAAAGAGGUUUCCUGCUGUUGUUGUAAGGUAUUGAAGGAUGAGUGGGAAGGGAAAGAAGGUCAAAGUUUAGAAAGCCACAAAAGGGACUGAUUGCAAACUAGGGAAUCUCUUCUUUAAAAAAUCUCUCAAAGGAAGGGUCAGAGAAUGAGCAGCCCUGUAGGUUCUACUGGACUCCAACUCAUCAUUGGCCAUGGUGGCUGAUGGGAGCAGAGCCCAGAAUCCCCAUCCUUGUACCUCACUGAGUUGAUAAAAAGACAUGAUUUUGCAGCAGUCCUAGUUUAAAUUUUGCCUUCUUUGUUCUUUUCACCAGUACAAAAGUACCAUGGCACUGAUAUGUGGUUUGAGACUCAAUGGGUUGCUGGAGGACUUCAGUAACGCAAAAUCUAAGACUAAUUUUGUACAAUUCCACCCGCAGCCACACACCGUGUGCCCCAUCCCAUUUUGUUCAAAAGGAUCAGACUUCAGGGAGGCUUUUUCAGGGGCUUUUGUGGGGAGUGGAAGUGUGCGUAAGUUUAACUCCUCUUAAGAGACAAGCUCAUGUUUCUCCAUAGUGAUAGCUAGUUGACAUCUCAGAGUAGUGGAUAUGUCUAUAUACUAAUUAAUACAUCAGCAUACCAGCAUGUGCACCUGCGUUUUUCAGAAGGAUUUCCUGUUAGAAUAGCCUUUGUAAAUCUAGAAGAAUUGGCGUGAGCAAUUAUACAGCGAAAUAGUGCUUUGUGUUAUGUUUCUCUUCCCACUCUUUCUUUUUUGAAAAAGUUAUAUCCAAUUCCCCAAACAGCUUUUCAAACUUGUGUUCAAAAAAGCUGGUUAGAAACCUUCUGUUAGACAUAAACCCUCCCAAAAGAAUUUAGACGUGUGGAUUUAUCAUAUGUUAGACACAUGUUUUACCACUUGGAUUGCAUCCCAGAUCUGUUAAUUAGUUAUUAGAUUAAGUUAUAUAAUAUUCCUUUUCCCUUUUUUUUGGUUAUGAACUUCUGUGUUUCUAUGACAUAACCAACUGGAAUUAACUUGUCCUGCUUUUCCUAAAAGAUGAAGAAUAUGAGUAAAUGUUUCUCUGAUUUUGUUCACACUCUGUGAAGCAUGGAGAAAGAAAAUGCUAAUCAUUACACUUUGUUCCACUUCGUUUUCGCUUACUUAGUUUUCAGCAAGUGGAUUAAGUUUUAUUUUCCAAAGAUUAAGUUACUGUGACUGAUCCUUACUGAGACUUUUUACAUGUACAUAGCAUGAUAAGAAAGCUCUCCAAGUAUGUAAUCAAGUCUUCCUUCUAUGUUAUAUGAAUUUCAGCUUAUAAAUAGCAUGGUUUCUCUGAGGGUUGCUAUAGUGCAUUGAUAGGAAACCUAUGGCCCUCCAGAUGUUGUUGGACUUCAGUUCCCAUCAACCCCAGCCAGUGUUGGGAGUUGUAGACCAGUCAACAUCUGGAGGACCAAAGGUUCCUCAUCCUUGCCAUAGGAUGUGUGACAGGUCAAGCAGCAGAGGGAAUAGGUAAAAAUAUACAAGUACGUUGGACAAAUUUGUCCAUGAAUUGGACAAAUUGCUGGCAGCUAAGGCUACUAAUCACAAUGGAUUUAUGCAUCUAUGGGGGACAAGAGUGGGAGAGGGACUUGAUGUAGCUUUCAUCUGAUUUCAACAGGACUCAUGUUACGGCUACAGAAAGAUAGUGGGUUCCUAAUCCGAUUUUUAUUUUUCCCAGUCUGCCCUUUCAGAGAGCCCCAGCACUUCUCUUCAAUCCAGGAGGUGGCAGGCAGUGGGCGACAUGAGCUUUCAGCAUAGUCUGGAAAAGCUGGGGAAUGGCCUGGCAUAGUGCCCAGAAUGAUGCUGUGCCCAAAGAGGAAGCUGGCUGUUGAGAACAGGUGGGCUGGGAACCGUGAUCUGGCUGGCCAUUUUAAUUGUGAUAGAGGCUGCCAAGAAGAGAGACAGAAGCAUUUUGUUGAAGGGCACUUUUUGAAGAAGAUGGCAUUUUUUGAAGAGUGUGCAGAUAGCAGAGUGGUUUCUGUAGGUUUCAUAUUUAUUCAAUUGCUAUAAUGCCUUCAUCCAAUGAUCACCGGACAGUUUACAAUAUAAAAACACAAAAAAUACAUACUAUCAUAACAAACAAAAACAAUUCCCCCCAGUUUAAAAGGCCAUAAAUUGUUUACUUAGCCAAAGGCCUGGGGAGAAGGGUUUUGGCAUGUUUUGGUCCAGGCGCCUAAAGAAAAUGCUUUCUUGAGAAUGCCCUGGUUUUUUUGUUUGCUUCUGGAUGCUCCUACCUGAAGCAUGAUGGUUGUUGUUGUUUAGUCGUUUAGUCGUGUCCGACUCUUCGUGAGCCCAUGGACCAGAGCACACCAGGCACUCCUGUCUUCCACUGCCUCCUGCAGUUUGGUCAAACUCAUGCUGGUAGCUUCAAGAACACUGUCCAACCAUGAUGGUAGAAGCAGGGGUGGCUAACCAGGCUCUCUCCAGCUUAUGGGAGCCACCUCUGUCUUAAAGGGGAAAGGAAAAGGAAGGGGGAAUUGUAAUGGUUGAGAAAAACAAUCAGCCCAAUAAAAUAUACGACCCCAAAUUAGAUGUGUUUGAAAGGAAGCUCUCAGUGUUUGAGAAAUAAGGUGCAUAAUUGAUUUUUUUUAACACACACGAACACAACAAGAAAUCUCUCUCAAUACAUUGCAUUUUACAUUAUAUUUAGACUUCGUCUGGAUCUGUUUUGUUGCUUUUAUGCCCGUUUGUAAGGACAACAGGUAUAUGUUUUCUAUUCCACUAUCAGCUUACUUUCCUUUUUCUUCAGGAAUGCCUGCUGAGAAUAAAGUAGCUUGUAAUUUGGAACGAGAGUUUUUUGUAACCAAUGGGGGCGCGGAGCCAGAGCCACUGUGGGAGUUCCUAGACUGCCUUGUCGAAAGCCAGCUGUUUGUGAGAGUGACGGGGCAAAAAGCAUGGUGCAAAGGGCACACUUGGUGUUGUGUUUGAGCAAGGACUGGGGCUCUCUUGGCGGUCCACCACUUUUUCAUGUGAUUGACAGUGCUGCUGUUUGAAGGGAUGGUGGCAGGGAUUACGCGCGCCGUGUGCACAAGCUUCAUCUGAAGUAAACAUAUUGGAAGUUUAAAAUAGCAUCUCUUCAGCUGAAUGAUGGGGACUGUGAGGGCAUAAAGGGCUGAGGAGACCUUGUGACUAAGAGAGAGACCCAUUUUUAUGACAUGAGAGUGUAUCUUUGUGGCAAUUAAUGUGAACAAUUAGAAAUUAACGUAAUAUACUCUUUAGGUACAACUGAAUUAGAACUAAAGCGAGUGGGUAAACUGAGGAACUUCGUUUUCUACAUCUGUGAGGUAAAUUUUAAAGGAUCAGUUGGUUAGCCUUACAAAAUUGGUUUGUAAACCAAUAGGUAUAUUCAUGGUGAUGGAGGUAAUAGGUAAUUUGGAACAUUAAAAAGAGAGCAUAUUUGUUUCUCUAUCCUCCAGUAUUUUGGAAUAUAUCAACUGAAGUAGAAGACACUAAUGGGAUAACUCUGUAAUCAUUGGACGCGGGCAUUAGCUUGAUCAAAUCGUAAAUUAGAGAACAUUUGUGAACGUUUUUUCAGAAGCUGAAUGUACAAUGUGGCUUCCGCGGCCUCCAGUUGAGUGCAGGAAGCUCCUGCAGCCAAUCGGGAGCCGCGCCUUGGUUUUCGAACCAUUUCGGGAGUCAAACAGACUCCCGGAACGGAUUAAGUUUGAUAACCAAGGUACCGCUGUACUUAGGCUGAAAAAGUCGUAAGUCAGGGUAGGGAGAAACACCCUUGUAUCUAAGGUUUGAUACAAUCUUCUAUUGCGGUUUUAUUCUUCAGUAGCUUCAGGCUUUGUGCAUUAAAGCUAAAGCCUGUGGCUGCUUCCCUGCUAAAGUGUAAAUAAUUUCACUCUUUGAUUGACUUAGGAAAUCCAGCAACGCCUAAAGACAAGGCAGUCUAGAAGGACUGUGGUUUCUUAAAUAAGUACAUUGAAGCAUAUAAGAGAGCCAGUAUUUCAGACUGUUAUGCUCUGGGCUUCAUGAAAAUGAGUUGGGCGGCAGGUGUAUCAAGCAGCUGUGCAUUCCUGGAGCUUUCAUUGUGCUGGUGUCUCCUCUCUCAAGCUGCCCUAAACAGAGUGUGUGUGUGUGUGUAGAAAAAAGCGUUCUGUAAUGAAGUGCACUUGUCACUAUGCCUUUGGAUAAACUAGUUAUUGUAUGCCAGACAUUACAUUUGUGCAUUGAAAUAUUCGCUACCUACUAUCUGUGAUUUGAACUGUGCCAUAAGGUUGGCAUAAUUUUGCCAUGCAUCUAUUUAACUUUCUUUUCCUAGCUCAUUUUUGUAAGCCUCUUAUAGAUUUUCAGGGGCCACAGGAGUCUGCAGAGCUGAGGUGGGUGGGAAUUGGUGGGGAAAAAACUCAUUUCCUUCUCCCCAUCCAGUGGUUGUGUCCUGUGAAACUCUACUUGGUGGGAAGUCUGGAUCCAACCCUUUGUCUUUCAUCAACAUUAGCUGGCACUAUAAUGAAAAUCCACAAGGUGUUUUAAUGAAAGGUUUUUCUCUCUCGUUAUAAGAUAAAGACACCGAUAUCACUGUAAAGGAUAAUACCGAAGAAUUCAGCCUGCGGGAUACAUUAAGCAUUGGAUCAACAGAUUCAUUUGUUUCAGCUGCUGAGGUAUGUUGGAAGUAGUGUUCGCUGCUUUUUUGCUUAGCCAUCAUACCACUUCUGAAUUCUGCUAAACAGGAAUGACUUUCUCUUAGAGUAGAAUAUCUGUGAAAAAUGCAUACAAAUGCACUGCGGUCUGCAGACUGAUUGUAGCCUUCUGAUACUUUAAAAAAAGGUAGAUAAACAGGUAAAAGAUUCAUGAAGUCAUCACACCAUAAUAAAAUGUUUACAGAUACACAGGUUCCAUCCUUUUCCCUAUACUCUUUCCAUGUAGGAGCUUGUAGUGUCUGAAGUGAGAAUAAAAGUGAUAUUCUCAUGAAUUCACCAGAAAGGCAAUAUGAUCAUACUCUGGUGAGCACUGCUUUAAUAACUUCUUGCCAAGAAGUAUGACACUUUUUGGAGGGCCUGGGCCACCACACUUCUGGAAUCUGUAGUCCCCAACUGAUUGAAAGCUCAACAUCCACUCCUUUCAUUUUUAGCCUGAGACAGCUGUGUGUUGGAUGUCAUCUGCCACUUAUUCAACACAGACCAGUAGUAUUAGAGCAUGGUUUGUAUGCCUGAUGGUGAAGGAGGGCUGAGUUGGGGGAUAAUGUUACUUUUUGUCUGCUUGUAAGGAGCACAUCCAGCCUAGAUCUCAGAUAGCUUCCCUUCAUAGCAGGAAUCCUGGAGUGAAGUUGGAUUUUGAAGUGCUGUUGUGCCAAUGUAGCCUGGCCAGUCACUUAAAGGAUCUUAAAUGGGAGUAGUUACACAAUGCAACAGGCAGCAUUCUAAUCUUCCUGCAUCAGAAACAAUGGUACACUUUUACCUUAAUUGGGAUGCAUGUUGAGAGAUUUAGCAGAAAUAGCUUCAAUUAACCUCAUAGAUAAAGGCGUGUUAUCUUGGAGUCGCAAAUGCUUUGACGUUUAGAUCACAAUCCUUAACCUCAUUACUGGGAAGUAACUUCAGUUUAUUUCAGCGAGACUUCCAGGGGAACAUGCUUAGGAUUUCAGCCAAAGUUUGUGUCACUGAAAUAAGGCCCCAUUCCAUGUAUCAGUGGAUAUAUUCUGCUCCAGAGUGAACAGGUUUUCGAUCACUGCAGCCUUCCUUUCGAAACACUGGGCUUUAAUUUGCACUUCUGAAUAUACCACCACAAGAAGGCUAGUGGCCUUGUGGAAUGUGUGUGCUGGUUCAGUCAAGGUGCCACUCUCCCACAAGCACAUUCCAACCGUGUGAGAAAACUUCUAGCUAGAUUUCUGUUAGCCAGGCACCAGCAUUCUCAUAUGGCCAUGUGCAGUAGGACAAAUGGUGGUGAGUAGGGCUGGGCGAUAUCUGGCUUUCAGCAUCGCGAUAUGUCACCAGCUAAAAAUCAUGAUAUCUCUAUAUAUAUCUGCAGCAGCGGAGGGCCUUGCUGGGCCUCCCCGCUGCGGCAGAGGGUCCUGCUAUACCUCCCCACAGCGGCAAAGGGUGCGCCAUGCUUUCCCGAAGCAGUAGAGGGCUUUGCCGCACUUCCCUGUGGCAGCAGAGGGUUAUUCUCUGUGCAAGGUAUUUUCCUCUCUUGGGCAAAUGUACAAAUCAGUGCCCAAGUUUGCUUGUUUUCUUCUUCCCUCAUCUUUUCGUCGUUGGCCUUACAUAAGCCGCUCUGGGAGUGGUUAAAAGUGCUUUCUGUAAAUGAAAGCAUUGCUUGCAGCCUGCCACUUGAAAAUACAUGGCUCCUGCAACAUCAUGAACUUUCAUUUAAUGCGAAGCACAUAAUCUGUUAAAAUGUUCUAGAAAUAAAUUGUGGCAGUGCUGCUGCUGGUGAUUACACCCAGUAGCAGAAACCAAAUAGAAGAUUUUGAGUUUAAGGCAACUGAUUUCUGUUGUUGGUAACAAAAACUAAUAUUGGUGUCUGUAGGCUGUAUGAAAUGUAAGUUUGAGAAGACUACAUAUACCAGUAAUGCAAAGUUCCUGUAGAAAUUGCUGAAGUGGUUUUGAAGGGCCCUUUCCCUUGACGACACUGGUUUUGGCUUUGCUUGCUGCAUCUUAAACUUAAUUCUCUUAUGGGUGUUUCUGCACUAUUGGACCUAUGGGUUGUGGGGAGGGGGUUGCAUAGUCCCUGCCAUCAUGAAACAUGCUGCUGUAUGAGUUUUCUUUUCAGUUUUCAACUGCCCUCCCUUAAAAUGCUUUAGAAUCCUAUUACUCUGUUUGCAAUCCCUCCCUUGGUAAAAUAUAAUUAGAAGAUGGCUUGUAAAUUAUCUCUCCCCUUCCUUGCAUGUCUUGGCUUUUCUGGAAUGUGCCACAAAAGCAGUUGGGCACUCACAAGCAUUCAGCUGUUGUUGCAAAGUGCUACUCCGACGCAACAGCUACUAAAGACCGUUUUAAUACUAUAUGAUUACAAAGUCUCUUUCCAUGCUUUGCACAUUAAGAAUGUCCAUUAUAAAUGGAAGAUGCAUUGAAAGUUCUUGCCUUAUGCAAGGCAAACUGUUAGUUGGGCUAGCGUUCAAGUGACAAGCUAUAUGAUGUAGCCCUCAGCCCUGGCUUGCCUUGCAUGGAUGCCAGCUAUCCAUUUCUGCUCCUUGGGGACAUGAUUCAGCAGCAGGCCCUUGUCCCAGUGUGUCACUGUGGCUUUUCUUUGCAAGCUGCAGUACUGGAUAUUUAUCUUUUAACUAAUGUCGAAAGAGAUGGAUCUUGCAUAGAAAUAACACAAAGGGCAUUUAGCUCUUGAUAUUUGUGGAAGUGUUUCAGGAUGUUAGCCAACUGAUCUUGAGAAGGUCUCCCUCUUCUAGCUUGCAGAACACAAAGAGAGCCGAAACUCUUAUAAUCUGGAUUCGCUGUGCCAUUGCCCAUUAUACGAAGAAGCUAUGCACCUGGCAGAAGAGGGCAAGAUUUAUUCACGAGUCUUACGGUACUAAAUGUUUUGUCUGCUUUCCCUAAUAUUACUUGCACAUUUUCUAAAAGCAAAACAGUGCUUUGUAUGCAAUAUUUUUUUAUAUUGGCUUGAAUUAAAGAGCAAGUCAACCGUUAAGUUUCAAGUGCCUUUUUGUUGUUGUCUCUGUAAAUAGGACUGAUACGUUGGAGUGUCUGGGGGACAGCGACUUUCUUGCUAAGCUCCAUUGUAUCCGCCAAGCUUUUCAGGUAAAUGUUCAAUCAGCUCCUUAAGGCUGACCUCCAUACCACAUAGGCACAAAACUCCUGUGGCAGUAUGUUUUCUAACAGAUCAGUCAAACCGCCCAAUCAUCAAGGGUAAUUGUGAUUUGUUUUCAAGAUGGAAAUAAUACCAUUGGGUUGUAUUCAAUAUAUCUUCUUAGUCACAUACUAUUUAAGUUCUAUAUAUAUAAGUCGGGAGGACACCAGCAACAGAGGCCUUGUUUCCUACCAGUGUAUUUCACAAUUGAUAGCUAAUUCUUUCUGCCACUAGCGUCUUCUCUACCUGUCUGUAUGUAUCCUCGAAACCUUUCAAAGUAAGUUUGCUUGGAAAAUGGACUAUUUUCAGGGGAACUGGUUGGCAGCAGUGCUAUUUUUCUAGAAAAGAGGUGCCGGAACUUACCAUGAGCAUUUCCCUUGUUCUCUUAUAAUGGCAAUCGAAUUCUGCAAUCGACACAAGAUAAUAUCACCAAGGCAGCUAUCGGUAAACAAACACUAAACGUCCAUAAAAAUGGCAAAAGUAGUUGCUUUCUCAAAUAGGUUUUAUCUUAAACAAUAGCAAACACAGUAAAUGAAGAGUCCACUUGUGAUAUACCAGUGGUUCAGUGCUCAUUUCAUCGCUAAAGAGCUUAGUCAUCGAGCUUUGUAGUAAAUAAAAUACAAGAGAAGACAGUAUGUAAACGAGUUAAAGCAGGGGUAUAUCUGUCCCCAUCUGCAUGUUUCCAUUGGGAGGAGCAUAUAAAGAGGACAAUGUCAUACAGUUUGUUCCAGCUGAAAAAAAGCCCUGGCUGGUAGAAUUAAAAGAAAUGUUGUAAGCCGCCCAGAGUGGCUGGGGUAACCCAGUCAGAUUGGCGGGGUACAAAUUUUUUUAUUAUUUAUUAAGACAGUUAAGAAUGUAAGUGAUCUCAGAUGGGUAAUACCUAGUGAUCCAUUACAGGUAAUCUUUUCCAACGCCGCAAAUAGAAUAUUUCUUGCCGAAAGUGGAAGAAAAAUCUUGUGCGCGCUAAUCAUGAGAGCUAGAAAGGUAAACACUUUUGUUUAAUUAAUUUGUAUGGUGGAUUUAAUGUUCAAGAAAGCUUUGUGGUCAUAGGCUGUAAUCCUAAUGCCACUCGCCUGAGAAUAAACCCCAUUGAAUUUGAUAGGACUUACUUCUGAGUAGACAUGAUUAUUUCCCCGUAGUUGCCUCCUCUCACUGUGAAGUAAGCAGCAAGUAUUUGGCAGACCUGAUUCUGAAAGGUGGUACAUUCUGUAAUUGUUUGCAGCCAUGGAUUUUGAUUGCCCAAACAAGAAUGUCCUUACAAACACAUUCAAGUCAAUAUAUAUGCUAAGGUGCAGUCCAGCAUCUGCAUUGAUCUCAGUUUCAGUGACAGCGUUGUAUAAACAUUCCAGUUGUGCUGACAGAGCUGCUCUAGUUGAAAUGAAUCACAAAGGAGUUCCAUGUGUUCUUCAGAGCAUUGGACUGAAGCCAGUCUUUCUAGAUUACUCAGGCACUAAAUGGAAGCAAUUAUUAUCUCUAAUUAAGAACUAAAGAAACAUGCAUAAUUUGUCUCCUGCUUGUUGGUUUUUUCCCCCCACAGAACCCAAAGAAAUUUGAGGAAGUAUUUGAUGAAAUGAUCUCUUUCUUAGAGCAGUCUGAUCAUUGGGCUAAUACUGAAAUGGAGCUUGCUGCUUGGGGAGUAAGUAUAUGUUGUAAAAAAUUAGUUCAAUAAUUUGUAAAUGUUAUCUCUCCCUGGUUAGACAAUUGUAAUUCCCUUAUUGUUGUUUAUUUUGUCUCUAUUUCAGGGUGUCAGUUUUAUUACUUUAGUCUGUCUGCUUAGACAGUUUAUUAAACAAUUUCACUAAAAUUUGUUGGUUUCCCCCCAGUGUCAUUUAUGCUAUUAUUAUAGACCUGGAAGUUGUAUAAAUGAGCUCAAUAACUUUGUAAAUAUUCCGAUGCUCCGCAGGUGAAACAUCUAAAUUUCUAUGAUGUUGUUCUGGACUUCGUAUUAAUGGAUUCCUUUGAAGAUUUAGAGAAUCCACCUAUGUCUAUACAAAAUGUGGUCAAUAACAAUUGGCUGAAUUCCUCUUUCAAAGAAACUGUAAGUGGCUUUGUUUGGUUCCAUGCUUUCAUAUAGUGGUUUCAGAAUAUUGGACAGGUAACUUAAUGAUUGCAUUCCUCUGAGCGAUAUUUAAAUUUAGAGGAAAGUACAUUAUGGUUGGAUAAUCUGUUUCAGAUUCCUUUUACUCAUUAAGCAGUUUUGAUUCAUACCUGCAAGAACCUUAAUUGGCUUUCUGCAGACUACUAAUCUGCAUAAAAUUUAACCAUGAAACUCGCAUAUUUUGGAUCGUCAUAGUCUUAGUACUUUGUAUAAUAAAAGGAAAUGUCUGCAAGAGUGAAAAUAUAUUAAUAUUUUUUAUCCACAUAUCUAAGCCAUUAAAAAUACAUAUAGCAAAUUCUAUCCCAGGCAUCCCCAAACUUGGCCCUCCAGCUGUUUUGGGACUACAACUCCUAUCAUCCCUAGCUAACAGGACCAGUGGUCAGGAAUGAUGGGAGUUGUAGUCCCAAGACAGCUGGAGGGCCGAGUUUGGGGGUGCCUGCUCUAUCCAGUUUGCCCACCUGGGCCUUCAUGUCACAGAGAGAUCUGUUCAGUAGUUGUUGAAAGUUACUUUCUCAAAAGAAAUGGUUACACUUCAUGAUUGGUGACUAACAACAAGACUUGUGCAAGCAUACAUGCAUUCAUAGACACUGGUUUUGCUUGGAUUCAGCUGACACAGACACUCAUCAAGAAGUGCAAAGCAGUGAAGUUUGAAGAAUAACUGCUACCUCAUUUUACAGUCUGAACUGAUUUAAUGAAUGAAGAAUGGCACCUUAAACUACACAGAUGAAGCAUGUCAUUUUAAGAAAUUGCAUUGCACUGAUCGCAUAUGUUGGAACCCGAAGUCUAAUUAGGUCACCCUUGCAUUUGUUUCACCCAAGGGUGAUUGCAAUUGGACCACCUAUGGAAUAGGCUAUCUUACAUGGUCUUUUCUUGGAAUGAGGACCCCUGUAGUUGACCAGUAUGUGUAAAAUUUGCAACACAACAGUGCAUUCUAACUUGUGUGAAGUGAUCUUGAAUAUGCAGCCUUCUUAAGAACCUAAAGAACUACCUUGUGGGAUCACACUAAGAUCCAUUAAGUCCAGCCUUCUUUGGAAUAAUUCCACAUUACUGAGAGUGCAGAAACUUUGUUAGAAAUGCUGCUUUUUAAGCUCUCAGACACCACUUCCUUCAAGUCAUCAUGCUACUCCUUGUUGAGUGCCAUUGCUGAGUAUUGCUGACGUUCACAUUUUAUAAAACAACAACAACCCAGGACAUCUAUGUAAGUAUCAGCGUGGUGUAGGAGAGCCAGUAUGGUGUAGUGGUUAAGAGCAGUAGACUCGUAAUCUGGUGAACCGGGUUUGCUUCCCCGCUCCUCCACAUUCAGCUGCUGGGUGACCUUGGGCUAGUCACACUUCUCUGAAGUCUCUCAGCCCCACUCACCUCACAGAGUUUUUGUUGUGGGGGAGGAAGGGAAAGGAGAUUGUUAGCUGCUUUGAGACUCCUUAGGGUAGUGAUAAAGCGGGAUAUCAAAUCCAAACUCUUCUUCUUCUAAGGAUGGUAUAGCGAUUCUCAAAUAUUUGGUACCAUAUUUUUGGUAUGGCACAAAAUUUCUAUAAAAUAAUUAUAUAAAAUUUCUACAAAAUUGUGCUGCACUGUUAGAUCUCAGGCUCACCUGCUGUGAUGAAUUGGGUGGUCCCAAAGCACCAGUUUUGAGAGUCCCAUGGACUGCAAGAAGAUCAAACCUAUCCAUUCUUAAGGAAAUCAGCCCUGAGUGCUCACUGGAAGGACAGAUCCUGAAGCUGAGGCUCCAAUACUUUGGCUACCUCAUGAGAAGAGAAGACUCCCUGGAAAAGACCCCGAUGUUGGGAAAGAUUGAGGACACAAGGAGAAGGGGACGGCAGAGGACGAGAUGGUUAGACAGUGUUCUCGAAGCUACCAGCAUGAGUUUAACCAAACUGCGGGAGGCAGUGGAGGACAGAAGUGCCUGGCAUGCUCUGGUCCAUGGGGUCACGAAGAGUCGGACAUGACUAAACGACUAAACAACAAAGCACCAGUUGCUACAGCCUAGGAAAACAACCAUUAAUAGUGCAAACUGCACACAAUUUCUAGGGAUUGGCCAUGUGAGGAGCAAACAUUGGUAGCAUCAAGUCAUUGUGGGGGGGGGGAAUCCCCCUGGGCGCAAACUUGCAUCCCGGAAUCUCAUAUGAUACCUCCAGCCAAAAACCUUGUACUUCUGGACACACCCACCACAGAAGAAAAUGGUUCUCGCUCACUUGGCAUAUUUCUUCCUGCGCUCAGCAGAAAAUCUAUUAUUUAUGUGAUGCAUUUUUACUGGUGUCAUGUGCCAGCAGUGGACCUGUUUCAACAUGGAUUAAUGGGUUCUGGCUGCUAUUGUAUGCAUAGGUAUGUCCCAAUAUCUGAGAGAAGUGCUGCUGGCUUUCCCCCCCAGAGUUGCUAUGGUGAAUAAUAUUUAAUAUUCUGCUAACAUCCUUCAACUGUUGCCUUGGUGUAAAACUUACUUGAUCCUUCAAGAUGGUAGCUGGAGAUCAGUUUUGUCAGUUCACUAGGAUUACAGAUUGGAACUUCUCAUCUUGAGUGGUUGAUGCUCUAGGUCUAUGAUGAACCCAAUGAGACCAGAUACUUCUGCAGCCUAAGAUAGACAAGUCUCUGGAAUUUGCUCCCAUGAAAGGUGAUGAUAGCCAUCAACCUGGAUGGCUUUGAAAGAGGAAUAGGCAGAUUUGUGGAGGAUAAAAUGCUGAAAAUGAUGUUUACACUUGGGAAUCCCUGUUGAGAAAGUUAUACAUGAUGAUCUUCAAUCAAUGACAACUUUAAGCACAGAGUUAAAGUUGCAAAACCCAUUAACUUCAAUAGGACUUGAGGGUGACCAGCUCUCAUUGGACUCAUUGGAAAUGGAAGGAAUAAAACUAUCUAUCAUCUAUUAUUAAAAUUUGUAUACCGUCCUAUACCCCUGUCCUAUAAAAAAACAAACUAGAUAAAAACAAUAACAACCCAAUAACCCUUCCUCCCCAGCGCAUUUUAAAAGGGCAUCAGUUUUAUUCUUGUCUUGAUAUCUUGUUUUGUUUCCCCCUCCUGUUGGAUAUAUGAUUAGAUAGACACACAGAGACAGACUUUUUCUCAAUGGAAUUUUGUCAGCGUUUUGCCUCCCAGUACCGAAGUAGCAUUGCAUUCCAUUCAAAUUCUGUUAUGCCCUAUGGGAGACAAAAGUUUUUGCCAUCUGUAUAUUGUAUUAUUCCAAUCCUUAUUAGGACAAAACUGCUUAGCUGUGUCAAAAACUAUUUGAAGUAUGUUUUUUUUCUUAAGUGAGUGUGUUGGGGUUUUUUUAAUAGUGUGGUCAAAACAAAAGUAUGUGGUUUGUUCUUUGUUUUUAUGGUCACAAAUACUUCUGGCUUUAAAACAUCUUUUGGCAUUUAAAUACGCUGGGGAUUUUGGCUUGCAUUUAAGCUCUAAUAGUAUUAAAAUAUGAAAAGCAGAAAGGAUUUAUUUACAGUCAUAUAACAUAAUACAAAAGCUAUAGAUUUCAGAAGGCAAUGGCGAAAAAGUCGCUUCGCCAAGUUGGCAAGAAGAACUGUUACAUAGCUGGGUGCCUGCUAUUGGAGCAGUUAAAACUGACUAAAAGUAUGCACAUUUCUGAGUUUAGCAGACCAAGAAGAAAAGCCUUAUUAGCAAUCUAACUUUAGAAAACAAAGUUCCUAAGCUGAAAGAGAGAGAGAUUGAUUUGGUCUAGCGCUGUAUAAAGUGCCGAAGUAUUGCUUCUUUUUUAGUAUACUGAAACAUUCCAUGGAGUUUGGAAACUAGCAUAAGAACAGUUGUACUGUGUCAGCUGAGCUGCCCUUUGAACCCAGCUUCCUGCCUUUUACAAGUAGCCAGAUCAAGAUGCUGCAGAAACUAUAGUACAGCUCUCUUUGCUGAGAGACAGCUUAGCAGAAGUCAUACACAGACACACACACAUGAAAACAUAGCCAUAUUCAUUCACUGCUAUGGUCGGAGAAAAGAAAUAUGGCAUAAUGAUAAUGUCCUGAUUUCAUUUGGACUUCUACUGAUCCUACUGAUUUCACCUGACUGUCCAACAGAAUAGCACCCUGAUCCAGAAGCUUCCGGCGACUGGAAGCUGUUUUGCAUGCACCAAGAAUGACUUUUCAAGCAAAGUCAUAUUAACUAUUGUGUGAGGAGGUGCAGCCCACUCUUGUCCCAUGUCUCUGCUAAGGUUCCCACUUUCAUUCUUUGUGUGUAUAGGUUUUUUUUUUAUUGUGUGUGAAAUUGUGCACCUCAUUAAAAAGGUAUAAGUCUUUCUGUGACUGACAUGGACAUAUGUCUUUUACUUUCUCUUUUCCCCUUGGUUGUGGUCCUACCUUUCCUUGAUUAUCACACUUUCCCUUCUAAUAAUAAUGAAGGUGCACCAUUGACCUGUUUUCACCUAUAGACCAGCCUAAUUUAUUUUAACGUAAGUGAAGCCUGUCAACUUGACAAUCAACAACCCAAUAGUAAUUUAAAAACCUUAAACUAAAAAUAAUACCACUUCAAAAUUAGGAAAAUUACCAGCUGGUUUUAUGUAAUGAAUAUUUCUAAAUAGGUAAGUACAGUAGGGUGGAAUCAAACACUGAAUGAAUGUCAGCUUGCACAAAGGUCCUGCAUCAUCUUCUAUUCCCCCUGCCCCAUGGCAGUCCAUUCACCCUAAGAAUAUGUUCCAGAGGUUUCCCCAAUCCCACCAGAGCAGAUUCUGAGAGAGUGCAGGUGGGGAGGAGAGGAGAGUGAAGUCUCAUUGUGCAAGUAGAAGUUUGCUCUGCUUGGGCACACAGUGUUGGGUACAACCCUUACUUCUCCUCUUCUUCUGACUCUUAGGCUGUGGCUUCAAGCUGCUGGUCAGUUCUAAAACAAAAAAAGCAACAAAUGAAGGUAAGCAGGUUUUCCUUUUUUAAAUACUUUUGUAGAUAAGGGUGGUAUUCUUCUUUGGCGAUCUCUUGUAGCCAAGUAAGAUUGUCUUCCAUGAAGACAGUAUUAACAGUGACUGUGGAGGCCAGUUCUGGAUCCACACAUCCUUCCACAGUGGGGAUAUAGGUUUCUGGGUGGGAGUUGAUCAUGGUGAGGGUUUGCUAAGCAUGCUUUCCUCUUAGCACGUUUCUCCCUUUCAUCCUGAGUUUGAGUGUCUUCAAAGUCCAUGACACCUUUGGUAAAGGCUGUUCUCCAAUUGGAGCGCUCGCAGGUCAGGGUUUCCCAGUUGUCGGUGUUUAUACUACAUUUUUUUAGAUUCACCUUGAGAGAGUCUUUAAACCUCUUUUGUUGACCACCAGCAUUACGCUUUCCAUUUUUAAGUUCGGAAUAGUGUAGUUGCUUUGGAAGAUGAUAAUCAGGCAUCCGAACAGGUUUUACUUUUUAAAAUACCUUUGUAGGUAUGGGUAUCUAAAUUAUGGCAUGUAAUGCUGUGCUAUAAGUUUUGCAAGGCCACUUGCUAAACCAGCAUAGUUAUAAAUUUCUAUACCCUCGUUUGCAGUAACAUAUAUAAUUGGGUAAAUUAUUAGGAAUGUGAAGAGAGAAGUUGGGAAUCAUAUGUGAGGGCCAGCUUUUAUUGUUCAGCGAAGCAAAAUUGGGGUGCCAUGGCAAUAGGACAGUGGUUGAGAUACAGCUACUAUGGGCAUGACCUAGCCCUCCCAGGAGACAAAUUUAUGAUUCCACUAGUUAAAUGUUGCAUCCAGUGAAAUCUGAGGGGAUCUUUUAGAAGUAGCCACCUCAUAUUUAUCAACACUGUAAAAACCGCAAGAUAAGAAUUGAGAACGGCAGAGGGCCUUGGUGGGUGCAGUGGUGCCCAUAGGUGCCAUGCUGGGGGCUCCAGAAAUAGGAGGCUGUUUGCCAUUUUGACAUCAAAUGGUGAAUAUCCAAUUAAAUAUAACUUUAAUUCCCUAUUAACCAGUAAAAGAACAACUAUUCACUCUUCCCCCCAAAAUUGUAAUGCAUAAAAAUGACAGUGGAUCACAUGGUUAUGGGUUGUCCAUGUUAAGGUAGUUGGAGAAAGUCCAACAUUCAGUUAUGUCCAGAAGUUUAUAUAUGUAUAAUGUGGCAAGGGUGCCUAGAUAUUAGGAAUAUUUGUACACCUAUGAAGAAAUCAAAAGUGAAAGCUGGUAUGACUUUAGUUCACAGUGUAAAUUGGUUUAUUUAGAAACUUAUUAAAAUAGUGUGGACAAGUGGUGAGUUGGGGGGGGGCUGUGGUUCCUCCAGAUUUCAUUGGAUUCCCAACUGCUAGCCAGGGAUGGUUGGGAGUUGUAGUUCCAGCAACAUCUGAAGGGCGCUAGAUUCUCUGCCCCUGGGAAACUUGUCGCUGGUGAAUCACUUGCUGAGCAAUAAAAGUGAAGCCUCCCCCCUCCUUUAGUGUCUUCAUUUGACAUAACAGCUAUUCAUACGCGGAAGCAGGAAGUGAUUUACCUUUUCUGCACUGAUUACAUCUCUAGGUUCCUGAUGGCUUCUUUGCACACUUCUAUGCUAUUUGUGAACACAUCAGCCCUGUUCUGGCAUGGGGCUUCCUUGGCCCCAGGAAUUCUCUGUAUGAAUUAUGCAACUUCUUCAAGGUAUGCUGCUUCAUUACACCAGGAGAGUUCAUUGCCACUAAUUUUAUACUAUUACUGAUUUAAAAAAACAAACCCAGGCAAAAUGAGAAAGAAAUACUUCUGUAAUAAAUCUCGGAGCCUGACGAUGAUCACAAAUAAGUGUAUUUGCUUUGUGUUUGUUUUUACCAGGACCAGGUUCUCUAUUUCCUGAAAGACAUUUUUGACUUUGAAAAGGUACGGUACUCCACUAUAGAUAACCUAGCGGAAGACCUUAUGCAGUUGCUGAUUCGACACACCGAUCUUCUCUUGGCUAACCUCGGAGCCGACUCGCUAAGGCAUUCCAGUGGCCUUGUUAGUGGAUGCGGGGACACGGCAGCCAGUGGCAUUUUGGAGGCUAAAGCACAAUAGUUUCCUCCUUUUCGUUCUUAAUGUGAGCACAAUUUUUUGCUGUUUUCUCCCUCAAGGAAAGCUGCCAUCGCUUCGGCUUUGGUUUUGGUUUCUUUUUCUUCUUUUUAGCAAGUACCUGAAAUCUACAAUGUUGUUAAAUAUGGACUCAGGGAAGUUAAAAAAAUAUAUGGAAAGAAUUGCUUGUGGAAAAAAGAUACUGCGUAUGUUUGGAGCAGGUAGCUUAACCAUCACUGGAUUUAUAUGUAAUAUAUCCCAAUAUACUUAUAUUUUUUAAAACGGCUAAGUGAAAUGUAUUUGUGGAAAUACUGUGAAUUUCCUCUGAUAUUGUUUGUGACUGAAAGUGAUGCAAAGAAACGUGGUAUAUAGUAUACAAGUUUGUCUCAAAGGUUUGCACUGUUGGAAUUACCCAGUACAAAGUCUCAAAAGCUCUACCUGACCCUGGCCACACACUUGCCAAGUUAUACAUUUACUGUUAUUUUUACUUAAAUGAAGUGCAAUAUAAUGACACUUAGAGUGACAAAUGAUUUAACUUUGCCUUGAAAAAUGUAUUUUGUGUGUAUAAGCUAUAGCUCAUUAUGUAGCGAAAUAAAUCGGUGCAUUCAGCCUUUGGGCAGCAAUGCCGUUCUAUAAGCUUUUUUUUAAAAAACAAAAAAUAAUAAUAGAGUACGAAGCUCAUAUUUUUAUGUAAAUUACCCUUCACUGAUAUUUUACAUUGGAAAUCACAGUCUAGGGAGGCCUUAAACAAUGCUCUUAAAUAAUUUAAUAAUUGGUUGAAUCCCCUUGCACCUUUAGAGAGCUUUUAAAACUUUUUACUAGUUGUGAAUAAGCUAGAAUCGUGUCUUGUUUGAAUGUAUCAUUUAAAGUAUAUUUUUUAGGGAGGGGGAAUGUUAUGUCAAAAACGAUAAUCUUCCAACGGACUUAAAUACAUGUUCCUUUCGUCAUUUUAAAUUUUGUCUUCGUCUCUUUUGAAAAUUCUGGGGUUCAGUUUAUGAAGUGACUCUUAGAAAAAACAAAACUUCACAUCUAGGCUUGCAUAAUACAACCAUAAAAUGGGAUAUCAGAAUAAAAUGAUACUACAGUAAAAUAUUGUGAAGGCCUGGGCAUACGAAAGGAUUCCACCUGCUUCUGGAAAGAGAAGGAAGAUUGCACCUGGUGAAGCUCUUGCGGGGGGGGGGCGUGGAUUUUAAAGGCAGCAGAAAAGCCUCUUGGUUAUCAUUGCUGCACCUCACAGGGUGGCAGAACCUGGAGCAGGACCUUUGAUGCUGAUCUGAAUCCUAUUUCGCUUGCAGGAAAAGGUAAUCUGGCCCUAAACUGUUUGGGGCUUUCUAGGUCAAAACCAGCACUUUCUUCAGAAAUGGACCGGAAGCCAAUUUAACUCUGUCAAAGAACUAUUGAGCUUUCACUCCAAGCAGCCAGUCCCCUUACAUAACUGCUGCAUGACUUGCAUUAACUGUACAUCCAGCAGUCUUCAAAAGCUAUCAUCCCACAGUAAUCUAAACUGAUACAGUGGUACCUCGGUUUACGAACUUAAUCUGUUCCGCAAGUCCGUUCUUAAACCGAAACCGUUCUUAAACCGAGGCGCGCUUUCCCUAAUGAGGCCUCCCUUCCACCAUUCGGAUUCCGUUCUUAGACCGAGGUAAAGUUCUCAAACUGGGACACUAUUUCCGGUUUUGCAGAGUUUGUAAACCAAAUCGUUCUUAAACCGGACUGUUCUUAAACCGAGGUACUACUGUAUUACCACUGUAUGGAUAACUGUGAUCAGGCUGUAGAGAUAUAAUAGCACCUCCUACCAAACCAUGGGCAUAUUCAAAAACAGGUUGAAUACCAGUCCCACCAGCCCACGGUACUUCUGCCUUGUCUGGAUUCCGUUUUAGAUACUGUGAUCAUAGUAUGCCUAUGUCUAGAGAACUACACUAUUUGUUCAACUUAAAAGUCUGCAUACUAUUUGUGACAUUUUGGACUCGCCGAAUAAAGCGUAUUGCCCUAACGCGG